GGCCACGCCCCACUGACUUUCGCAGAAGGGAAACGCUCACGCUUCCUAUCCGGAAACUCAAUAUUUUACCGGCAGAGAACCCGGGGACUUUUGCGACGGACGCCUAAGAUUCCGGCGAGUUCGUGACAUUUUUUGGCGGUUUCAGUCACUGGAACACCAUGAGGACAGCCGGAAUUUCAUCGGAGAGAGGGUCGAGCUUUGCUUGUACAUGCAACCGCUUGAGCAAGUACAUGAGGGAGAAGGGGAGCUUGCCAGAAUUGAGCCUUGGGAUAGCCGGAUUUCAUGACGGAAGAGCUAAAUCUAACAGCCAUCUGGCCAUCUUCCCUACAUAUUCAUUGUCAAAGAAGGAAGUUUCUGACAAUUUUUCUGGAAUCAAAUCCAUGGAUCUGUUUCCUCAACAAUCAGGAUUUGGUCCUACUCUUCCUACUAAUAAACCGAAUUCUGGAAGCUCAACGUCUACCGAUUUCAGGUCUAUUGCUGAGCAACGCAAGGCUCAAAUGACUAUAUUUUAUGAUGGAAAGAUGGUUUUAAUCGACGAUGUUUCGGCCGAAAAAGCGAAGAUCAUAAUGCUCAUGGCAGCUAAUGGAGCUGGCUGCCCUCAGAACUCUGGCAGUGUUCCCUUGCCAGCUAACACCUCAUCCUCCAAUCACCGAUCAUCGGUUUCGUCGAAGAACUUUUCAGAUAUGCCCAUGGCGCGGAAGGCGUCACUCCAACGCUUCCUAGAGAAGAGAAAGGAUCGGAUAAAGUCGACAGCUCCAUUUCCACCAAAGCCAGUUGUGAAGUCAGCGGAGAAGCCAGCGUGGCUUGAUAACAGCUUGGGGCCACAAGCCGCCCUCAACCCACUUGGGCUUCACCUAUAGCCUAUACCCCUAACCAUCUUGCCUCCUUCCAUGUGCUAUUCAACUCGCAUGGGACCGUGACCUAUUUAUUUUGUUUCUAUUUAAUUGGUGUAUAACUCAUUAUUUCUUUUCCUUGACGAAUGUCUUGGGUUCACGCUCCCAAAUGAUAUUUAGUUCUAUUGAUUCUCAUUAAAAAAUUGUAUCUUAAUUUAUUUUUGAAAAAAAUUUAUAAACACCCUUGAUGUAGAA